AUGCUUUUCUCAAGCCAAUUGUUGGGUCUUUACAAACCCAACCUAGGAGCCUACAGGAAAGCACUUGAUCUUAUUGAUGCUAAAGCGGAAGAAGUCCUCAUGGUUGCAGCACACGCCUACGAUCUGAGGGCGGCCAAGGACUUGGGAAUGAAGACAAUCUACAUUCAUCGUUGGACGGACGAUAUCGAUGAAGACAUGGUUGAAGUCAAGAAUGAAUUCGACGUAUUCCUUGAGGGGAUGCAGAACUUGCCCGACGCUAUCAAGAAGGUGUCAGGCGGGAGCCAAGAGAUAUAG